GGAACGAAAAGCACGUCUUUUCGACUCGGUCAAUACCCUCACUUCUAGUCUCUCCUUUCUCUUAGAGUCUUGCUAUUCUCUGCUGUUCUUGUGGUUCUUUGUCUUGACUGGUGUUUAUUGAUUGAACCGAUCUGGUACUCUUAUCUUAUCCCCCACCUCUCCUCCCCUACUCCGAUAUUAAAAGAAUCGAUCACCUCCUCGGUGCCGUCUCCUCGAUGGAACAUGGGACCUGAUCAGCAUGCUCAAUUGGAUGACUUCGGUCUAGCCUUUCCAUUCCCUUAUCGGGUUGCGGCGCUUCUGCUCGCUGGCUUUUGGGGAUGGGGCGUCAAUCUGAAAUAUCUCUUGAGUUAUAAUGUCGAUCUCGCCUCGUUGAUCCGAUACCCUCCCCGGCAAGCGUCGCACCAAGAGCCACAUCACACCUCCGCCUUCCGUCUAGCGACAGUUCUUUCCGUGCCCCUGGGACUUUCGUUUCUCUUUUUCUCGAUUACGACGCGCGGUACGGUGGAACAGGUUGAGAGGCUGGACAUUAUUCCGCAAUCCUACUUCGUGAUUGCGUUAUUCCUUCUGAUAUUACCGGUCAAUCCCGUUUCGCGCUCGGGACGGCGCCGCUUUCUCCUGACUCUGAAACGGAUCAGUAUUGGCGGUCUGGCGGAAACGCAAGAUGGCAAGUUCGGAGAUGUUCUCUUGGCGGAUGCAUUGACCAGCUACGCCAAGGUUCUGGCGGACCUGUACGUUACGUUCUGCAUGUUCUUCACGGGGGGCAUCUCGAGUACGUCCCAGCCAGAUCGGAUGUGUGGGAAGGACUACAUCGUUCCCACCAUCAUCGCUAUUCCGAGUGUAAUCCGACUCCGACAAUGUUUGACCGAAUAUCUACGUGCCCGACGAGCUGGCCUCAGCCGGGAGAACAGCAAGGCCAACCAGCAUCUGGCCAACGCGCUGAAAUACUCCAGUGCCUUUCCCGUCAUUAUCCUUGCUGCCAAGGUCAGGAACUACAACCCAAUGGAGUUCUAUGAAAUUAGUGAGAUAGGGGUUUCACGUAUACUGCACUUCUUCGCUUUGAUCAAUUCGUCCUACAGCUUUUAUUGGGAUAUCACGAAGGACUGGGACCUGACUCUCUUCACCUCGGCGCGGGCAGAUCCUGACCACCCGUUCGGCCUGCGCCGCCACCGUUACUUUUCGGACCGACAGUACUAUUCGGCCAUCGUCAUAGAUUUCUUCAUUCGUUUCUCCUGGCUUUCUAAAUUCGUAACCGGCCUGACCUGGCUCAGCGAGAAGGAAUCUGGCAUCUUCAUCUUGCUAUCUUUGGAAGUCGCACGCCGCUGGAUGUGGGUGUUCCUCCGGUCAGAAGCCGAGCUGAUCCGCAACAGCCGGGGCCCGGUCCCCGAUGACAUUCGCCUAGGCGAAAUCAACGGCAAGCUGGACGCGGAUUAAAUUAUUUUAAUCAGGGGACAGAGAACCCUUCGCACGGUAUCCGUCCCAACUCGCGUCCUGUUACACCAGCGACGCGAUCUAUUCUCUCGCAUAGGAAGAGCCUGGAUCUUGCUGCUUUCUAUGCCCGUUAUUACUACACUUUACAAUUCUACGUCUAUCUGUGUAUCAACUUGUUGGAAUUUGGAUUUGCUAUUAGAUAUACUAGCGAUUUUUACGCUGGAAGGAUGGAUGAGGGUGGGCUAUAUCUUCGCAUUUGUAUUAUUAUUAUGACUACCUAUUAACAGGCGCGUUGCCGGAGUUGAUCUGUACAAUAUUGG